AGGUUGGUUAAAACAUUACAUUUCUUUUGACAAGGAAAAGUAACACAUCACACCAUGUCACGCUUUGUUGUCCUCGCCCUGUGUGCUCAAGCUUACCUAAUUCAGGCGGUUUUCAGCCAACAGUGCGGUUGUAAUCAAAUCUCUUAUGGAUCGCCCGGCCUCAUCGAGCUCGGCGGCAUCGAGAAAAUAAGUCUAAGUGCACCCAGUGCCAGUAUUAGCUACAGUUCACCUAGUAUCAGCCUCAGCGCGCCCAACUAUGCUUCUGCGUCGUACGGCGGCUCGGGCACCGGGCAGGUCGGCGUGUCCGGCGACAUCGGCGCGAGCGGAACUACCGUCGUCGUCGGCUCCGUGCCCGUGCUUGGCUCCGUCGAGUUUAGCGGUAAAGUGCCGGCGACCGGUUCCGUAUCUAUUUCCGGACAGUGCGGAUGCGGGUGCAAAGCUUAAGGUCUAAUAUAUAUCACAAUAAAAUUAAUUACAACUGAAA